CCAGAAAGCAUCAGGCUUGUUUCAGUGUUUCUUUGCAAAGUUGUGAGGCUGAAUUUAGUGGUGAGGACACAGGAAAGGUUUUCUUCUGAUGACUCUUCCAUGAAGGUCAUACCUGUCCAGAAUUUGCAGGGAUUCCAGAUGAGACUCUUGGAUAUUGGUGGAGGGUUCUCUGAGACCGGAGACCUCAAAGGGAAAUUUGAAGAGUUUUCAGAAGUCAUUAAUGGAGCACUGGAUGAAUUCUUCCCGUCUGACAGUGGGGUGAAGAUCAUUGCAGAACCAGGGCGGUUCUACAUGGAGUCAGUCUUCACACUGGCAAUGAACAUCAUUGCCAAGAGAGUGGUCUUAGAGGAUAUGGAUGGACAUGACGAUGGAGAGGAAGACAGCCCUGACAGAAUGAUGAUGUACUACCUUAACGAUGGAAUGUACGGCUCCAUCAGCUGCGUUACCUAUGACACUGCUCACAACAGUGUUGAACCAUAUCCUCACAGGGCUGUUGAGAGCAGCGAGCGGAGAUACCGGUCUGUCCUUUUUGGUCCAACCUGCAACAGCAAUGACAAAAUAACUGAAGACUACUGGAUGCCUGAGUGUCAUGUGGGGGACUGGCUUCUCAUCGACAACAUGGGUGCUUACUCUGUUUCUGUAUUCACUGACUUCAAUGGAUUUGAGAGAGCUCACAUUUACCCUGUUGUGACAGCUGAGACAUGGCACGCCUUAAACCUCUCUCACUUCUACAACAUCUGUUGAUGAUCUGGUGACACGUUUGUUGGAAAAUGGUGUCAGGGUGUGCAUUAUGUAUUAAUAUGGGUGUGCUUUCCACUUUCCAAACAUUUUAACCUGAUGAAGAUAUAUUUCUGAUUAUUAAUACACAUUUCGUUUUGUAUACCGGUGUACAUUCAUAUGUUCAUUGAUCAACAUAUGAUUGUGUAUUCAUGUCUGGUUAUACUCAGGUAAUCAUAUGUAAUCAACCUGUAAAUGUUGUACUCAUUAUUUUCUGUUGUUCACAUAGUGAGGCUUCUGCAGCUCGAGUCUGUCUGGGUGUGAACGCUGGGUAAAAUGUAAGAGGGAUGUGACAGAGGGAACUUAACAACAGCUGCUCAGGACAUUUUUGGUUACUUCUUCCUGUGUUGUUUUUGUUUUUUUUACUUAUUUUUGGGGCGUUGGCUGCAUUUUAAAAUCUUUUUAUUUUUUUUUAUCUUUUACUCCAUUAAUUUUUAAUGUUGUAUUUUUCCUCUUUGAUUUCUGUUUGACUCUGUAUCACACAUCGAGAAGUUUGAUUGACGAAGUUUGA